GUCGUCCAGUCCGAUAAACUACCUGCCAAAGUCUUACAUAUGUAAAUGAAAUACAAGAGGAUUAAAAAUAAGUGCCCCUUUUAUUAACUGAAAACAAGAAAAUCUCUGAUUUAUCUCGGUUUUCCCUGGAUUAUUGCACCUAACACCUCCGUAUUUUCGCCAAUAAUGCAGUAGUUGCUUUUACAUCAACCCUAGAACUAGUAGAACAAAAAAAUACACCGAAGCAAUAAAAUAAAAUUGAAAAAAAUGUAUUUUAAAGUGACUGUGAUUGUGAUUAUUUUUUUCUGUGUAAAAAAUGUACAUACAGGAAACCAUUUAAGAUUUGGUGACCCUUCUUGUAGACAACCAAGGGGAGACGUUUGUGUAGAAAUAUACCAAUGUCCUUUUUUCGUGGAUUUAUUGCAAAGAAGUCCAAAACCAAGACCGCCAAGGGUAGUAAACAUUAUACGCGAAAAACAAUGUGGUAUGGUCGGUAGAAAAAUACCAAAAGUUUGCUGUACACUACAAAAAUCAAGUUCUACCACUACAAUAAAACCAAAAACGACCACUUUUAAAACCUUUAAAAUAAAAAAAGAUCCUGAAAUCGAUAUUAGAACCGAUAUUUCUACACACAAGAAUUUUGAUUUGUUACCCCAUGAUACUUGUGGUCCUAUUAUUGGAGACUCUAGAAUCACAUCGGGUACAAGUACGUUUCUUGGGGAAUACCCAUGGAUGGCGCUAAUUAUUUAUUAUACAGAUGAAGGGUUGGAUUUUAGAUGCGGGGGAUCGAUUAUUAAUGAAAAAUACAUCCUGACAGCUGCUCAUUGCAUAAUAGAUUCCGUUGUUGGAGUGCGACUAGGUGAAUUUGACAUAGACAAAUCUGAGGACUGUGAAAUGGGAGUUUGUGCCCCCCCUGUUCAAGAUUUUUAUAUAGAAAAAUACAUAGUGCAUCAUGCCUACGACUCCAAAACGUUAGCGAACGAUAUUGCUCUAAUAAAAUUAGCUACAUUAGCUAACUUUACCACUUUGAAUGUGAGGCCGAUCUGUUUGCCAUUUGUGGAAACAUUGGCGGAAACAAAUUUGGUGGGCAGAAAUGCAAUUGUUUCUGGUUGGGGAGUUACCGAGGAUGGUUCAAAAAGCACAAAACUGCUAAAAGUGUCUCUCCCAGUGCUGCCAAACUCAGUGUGCCAAAGAAUCUACGGCCGAUUCGCCCCCAUAACCGCCGAGCAAAUUUGCGCAGGGGGGCUGAAGGGCAAAGACUCCUGCGGGGGGGACAGCGGGGGGCCCAUGAAGCAAAUCGAAAAUUUUGAUGGCGAGUCCAGGUUCGUGCAGUAUGGAAUUGUUUCGUAUGGGCCCCGAGACUGUGGGACAGAGGGACAGCCCGCUAUUUAUACGAGAGUGUCUAGUUAUGUCUCCUGGAUUUUGGAUAAUUUGGAGAAGAAUUAAACCUGUUACCUUUUGUUAAUAAAAAUGUAUGAUAUUGUAUAUUUUAAGAUGUAUUAAAUGUAAAUAUUAAAUCAAUAAUCUGUACCUCAAAAGCCAAACUGUAUUAAGACCACUUUUUUAAAAUCACAUUAGACAUUUUUCUGCUCAUUCCAAAGGUAAAUAGGAUUACCUAGUUUUUUGAUGUAUCAAAAACUCUGUAACUCAGAACUUAAUCCUGUUUAACAUUUGAGCGUAAAAUGUGGACUUUAACAGUUUGACACAUAUUAAUUUAUUGUUUUUUGUAUAUAUUGACUUAAUCAAGCAUAGUAAGAAAAAUUAUUUACAGAAAUUAUCAAAAAUAUUGGGCAUUUCUGACACC